GCUUUUGACUUUCGUCGUUUAUUUGCAUAUCCAUAUUCUGUAAUAUUGGUGUUUCUGAGUAUUCGUACACACGUAGUGAACAAUGGAAAUACGCCAAACAGAAACAGUUUAAAAAGCUAGUUUUAAAUCUGUAAUUGAAAUAAACGAAUGAACAGAGGAAACAACAACUAUGACAAAUACAUAAAGCUCAUAGUUCAACAGUAAAUGCAAAAAGGCAUCAUUAUUUGACAUGAGUUUAUCAAUCCAACUUUGAACUUUUGACAUACGAUUGUGAUGUUUUUAAAAUCUUAAAUUCAUUUCUCCAGUUGUGUAUUCUAUCAAGUUAUCGAUAUACUGAGUUAAAAUGGGAACGCAGGCUAACAUAAAACUGGAGUUUACCGACGAUGGAAUUACGAUAAUACGAAUGUUGAACGGGGAAAAUCGACUGAAUAAUUCUUUUCUUCAGGAAUUCAACAAUACUUUGGAUCUUGUGCUUGAAAAUAAAGAUUGCAAGGCCCUAAUAACAACUUCAGAAGGAAAAUUUUACAGUAAUGGCAUAGAUUUGAAAUGGAUGACGCCAUUAACAGACGAAAAGAGGGAUCAGUUCAGAGCAUCCCUAGCAGAUUCGAUAUGGAGGAUUAUGCACUUUCCAAUUCCAACUGUAGCAGCAUUAAAUGGUCAUACAUUUGCUGGUGGUGCAUUCCUUGCAAUGGGGCAUGAUUACAGGGUGAUGCGGUCAGAUCGAGGAUGGAUAUGCUGGAAUGAAGUUCACAUGAAUUUACCAAUUAAAGAGGAUAUACGAGAUGUUAUUAACAACAAAAUUUGGAAUGUUGAUGCUCACCGUGAAGCUAUUGUAUUUGGAAGGAGAAUUACGGCACCAGAAGCUAAAACGUUAGGCCUUGUUGAUUCAGUUGUAGACAUUGAAAAUCUUCUCCAGGAGGCAAAACGUUUGGCAAAGCAUGCACUUGGGAAUAAUAACAUUGACAGGGAAGCAUUAGCAAUGAUGAAAAGGAAUACUUACACAAGACAAGUUUAUGCCUCCAAAUUGUGACACGCUUGCAAUGACUUUAACCAAAUAUAUGCAUUAUUUAGGUUCAAAUGUAACUGUACAGUUGUAUUCACAAUAAAUAUAUGAUGUUUUAA